AUGGAUUGGAAGCAGUGGACGAGGGAUGAUGACAAACUGUUUGAGAGACUUCUGUUGGUAUUCCCUGAGAAUACUCCGAAUAGGUUUGAGAUUAUCGCCGCCCAUCUUAAGGUAUCGCUUGAAGAGGUGAAGCACUACUACGAAGCUUUGGUCAACGAUAUUAACCUUAUCGAAUCGGGUCGAUAUGGUACUAUUAAUUAUGAGUAUCUGAUCCCAAUUCCAUCCCAGACUGAACACAUGGAGAAAGAAGAAAAGUAUUUGAUACCAUCCAAGACUAAAGACAUGGAGAAAGAAAAAAAGAGAGGAAAACCUUGGACAGAAGAGGAACACAGGAAAUUUCUGGAGGGACUAGAGAUAUAUGGGAAAGGAGACUGGAAGAACAUAUCUAGAAUGAAAGUGAUGACAAGGACCCCAACGCAAGUCGCCAGCCAUUCACAAAAGUAUUUCCUGAGGCAAGACGCCGAGGAGAAGGCAAAGAAACGCUCCAGUAUCCAUGACAUAACUUUGAUAGAUUAUGCUCCUAACAAUGUAACCUCAACUCAAUCCGACUUGGACUCUACGAUGGGCCAGCCACCUUCUGAUCACCAGGUGCCUCAAGAUCAUCAUCAAUCCAAUGAAGGGUUUUGA